CAGCUUUUUCUUUCUUUCUUUCAACUGUCUUUUAGUCCUAAUGAGUGACAUUCAGCUUCCAGAGGACGACGAAGAACAACAGCUUUAUGAGCGGGAGACUGAAAAUACCCCAGAGACACCAUUAAUUCGUCGCUCCCAAUCGCAUGAAAGUAUAAUUAGCACGUUGUCCGCUCCACCAGCCUAUGAGCUCUAUCCGCCAGCUACCACUUGGAGUGGCCGUCUUCUCAACUUCUUUAGACGGAUACCCACACGCUUCACACAAUCUUCUAUAGCCCUUCCAACGUUAUCAGAUGACCGUGCAGAUGAACGGUCGAUUUCUUCCCGAUUCCGGAUACCUCAGCUUGAAUUGCACCCUCGCAUUGCUCGAUGGCGAUAUCCCAUUGUUGGAUUGUGCGUUCUAUGUAUUACUAUCUUUUCAUUUUUACUUUUUUGUUCCAUAUUCUUUUCACCUGCAUCGUUACCCUCUCCCUCCGUCCCUGAUAAGAUCGCAAAUGACACAGCCAAAUUUUUGACCCUCAACAUAUUUAUGAGACCUCCAGGUGUAAAGAACAAUUGGAGCGACUACAAGGACGAUCGAACGGACUUUAUUAUACGGCAUGUUCUUCCCAACUAUGAUGUCGUUAGCUUUCAAGAAAGCUUUGGGUUCGGUAGUCGCCGCAAAGACCACCUUAUUCGAGCUGCCCGUGAAAUGGGUUACAAUCACCAUGUGGAAUCCGGCCGAAAGUACCCAUGGCAGAUUGCAGUGGAUGGCGGUCUUUUGGUACUCUCCCGAUUUCCUAUCAAAGACUCUCGAUUGAUAGAAUAUCCACGGGGUCGUCAUAGUGACUGGAUGGCGCGGAAAGGAGCCAUCUAUGCUCAAAUAGAGUGCAAGCCAAAUAGCUUGGUACAUUUGUACACAACACACGCUCAGGCUUCAUACCAACAAAUCACCAGCCUAUGGGACGACGAUGUGAGGACGCGCAUGAAUCAAUUUUCCUGGCUACAUUCAUUAAUAGCUGAGACGUCAGGAAAGGAUGGUUCGGCUGUGGUCCUGAAUGGCGACUUGAAUGUGGAUGCAGCUGUCCACAAAGAGAAAUCCUCACCUACCGAACCAAGCGAAGAAAGUUCCGAAGAAUACGAAUUUAUGAAAGCAGUCCUGUCUGGUGAAGGGAAGAAAAUCAACGGCAAGGUUGAAUAUGAGGACAGUUGGAAGAUCGAUCUGAAGGACGCUGUUUACGAAAGCUAUGGAUUUCAUCCAGUCACGUUUGGAGAUGUCAAAGUCGAUGAGUAUGGUAUGGUUGUACCGGCCGAAACCGUCCUCACUGACGCUGACGAACUCAUGGCCGUGCAGAGUAUUGAUCAUGUGCUAUGGAGUCCACGACAGUCCAAUAUGAAUAUCGAAGGCGUGCGCGUUGAAAAAUUCAUGGUGGCAGAUACUCACCUUGACAACGAUGAAGACGAAGAAAAAGGCUACACUCAAGUAUCAGACCAUUAUGGCAUUAGCUACGUUCUACGGCUUUAAAUGGAUGCUUGCAAUCAAGAUGCUGACCCUUACCAACCAAACCUGUAUAUAAUACAUAUAUUUUUUUUACCCACUGAAAUCUUUGCAAUCCAAUAAAUUUUUUUUAUUUUUUACA